AUGGGCCUGGAGAGACCAUUGCACGCGAGCAGAGCUGCCAUUUUGCGUCACCUUGAGCUGCUGCUCACCGUGUCUGCAGCGAGGUCAGCUCGUGUUGUGGUGAGGGCUGAGCGUGCUUCAUGGCUCCCUGGCUCAGAGAUCCCUUCAUACCUGAAGGGCGAGCUUCCAGGUGACUUUGGCUUUGACCCCUUGAGGCUAGGAGAGGACCCAGCAGCCCUCAAGUGGUACCAGCAGGCAGAGCUGCAGAACGGAAGGUGGGCAAUGCUGGCAGCAGCGGGCAUCCUUUUCGUGGACCUUCUCGGUCACUUGGGCGCCGGCGGCCCGGCAGCAGCCACCCCCUGGUUCAAGGCCAGCGACUUCACCUACUUUGCCCCCACCAGCACCCUCUUCAUCGUGGAGCUACUCCUCUUCGCCUGGGUGGAGGUCCGCCGGUACCAGGACAUGGUCAAGCCCGGCAGCACCAACCAGGACCCCAUCUUUUCACAGUACAGCCUCCCAUCCGGCAAUGAGCCCGGCUACCCAGGCGGCAUCUUCGACCCUCUCGGCUACUCCAAGGGCAACAUGGCGGAGCUGAAGCUCAAGGAGAUCAAGAACGCUCGCCUUGCCAUGCUGGCGGUGCUCGGCUUCUUUGUGCAGGCCAAGACCACCGGAAAGACCCCUCUGGACUCCCUCUCAUCCCACUUGGCCGACCCAUGGUCAAACAACGUCUUCGGCAUUGAGCACGCACGAUUGAUCCAAUGAGGACAUGUUCAGUUCUGCUGCAGAGAGGAAUGGGCUUAGCAGGGAUUCAACUGUUCUGCAGAUUGAAGUCUGUACUGCAGCUCUCCAAAUUUUGCUGUAAGGGAUUCAUCGUGAGCAUGCUCUCGCAUUCUGAAGAACGACUCCAGGCAGACAAUCCGUAGGCUCUGCAUACAGGGAUUGUCUUAAGACCAUGGAUAUGCAUUGCCAAAAAAGCAAUGAGUUGACAUUUGCAGCUCUCAAAUAUGAAGGGCUUGUUAGCAACUUGUAGCAGCGGACAGAAUGCUGCUGAAGAUUUAAGGCAUGUAAUAAGACAUGUCACUG